AUGUCGUCUCCGGGAAGACGUCGCGAAAUGGACAUAAUGAAGUUGGUCAUGGCGGACUACGAGGUGGAAAUGGCGAACGAGGACUCCAACGCGGAGUUUUACGUGAAGUUUCGGGGUCCCAAGGACACGCCCUACGAAGGCGGUGUCUGGAAGGUACACGUGGAGCUCCCCGAGGCCUACCCAUACAAGUCUCCAAGUAUCGGCUUCGUGAACGCUAUCUAUCAUCCGAACAUCGACCAGAUGAGUGGGUCUGUGUGCUUGGAUGUGAUUAACCAGACCUGGUCGCCGCUCUUCGAUCUUUUGAACGUUUUCGAGGUUUUCCUACCGCAGCUGCUCACGUAUCCGAACAGCCAGGACCCUCUGAACGGCGAAGCGGCGGCACUGCAUCUUCGUGAGCCACAGCGUUUCCAACAGAAAGUGAGAGAAUUCGUGAAUCGAUAUGCACGCGAGGAGGACUAUCCAGUGGCGUCAAGAACGCAGGCGCUGCGUCGCCAUCAGCAGAGCCGGAGUGCCCAACCGAGCACAUCCUCCCUGGCCUCUUCAUCUAAGGGUGCGACUGCGAACGCUGCCGCUGAUUCGGCGCACGAUACGACCAGGGCGGCAUCCAAUGGUAGUGCAAGUGAACUCGAGUCGCUGAGUGACAGUGACGACGAGGAACGCAAUGCGCUGGAUGAUGGUGCUCAGGCGUUCAGCUUCAGCGGACGACGCCUGGUUGGCAACGGUAAUUCCUGA